GGACCCGCCGGAAGUACGAGACGGGCGGGCGCAGCGGCGCCGAGGGCCGAGAUGCUGCUGGAUUUGUCUGCGGAGCAUCGGGAGCACCUGGCCUUCCUGCCGCAGGUCGACCGCGCUGUGGUCGCCGAGUUCGGACGGAUCGCCGUGGAGUUCCUGCGGCGGGGGUCGAACCCCAAGGUCUACGAUGGCGCCGCCAGAAAACUCAAUGUGAGUAGUGACACCAUCCAACAUGGGGUGGAAGGAUUAACAUACCUCCUCACGGAGAGCUCAAAGCUUAUGAUUUCUGAACUGGAUUUCCAAGACUCUGUUUUUGUUCUGGGAUUCUCUGAAGAGUUGAACAAAUUACUGCUUCAGCUUUAUCUGGACAAUAGAAAGGAGAUCAGAAGUAUUCUGAGCGAGCUGUCACCAGCACUGCCCAGCUACCAUAGCCUUGAAUGGAGACUGGAUGUACAGCUUGCGAGCAGAAGCCUCAGGCAGCAGAUUAAGCCAUCAGUGACCCUAAAGCUGCACCUUGAUCAGAAUGGAGGUCACAGCACCAGAGUUGUGCAGACGGACCCAGCCACCCUGCUUCAUCUUGUCCAGCAGCUGGAGCAAGCGUUGGCGGAGAUGAAAACGAGCCACUGUAGGAGGGUCAUCCGCAACAUCAAGUAGAGGCAGGCUCAGUGUCGUGCCUGGGGAGCCACUCGGGGACUGUCGUGUCAGGGGCCCCUUUUCAACAGCAGCUUGUGGAGUGAUGGCAAUGAGCAUUUCCCUGGAUUGCUUCUCCUGUUCCACACUGAGGUUAUGGUCAGAGCUGACCUUAAGGUCCUUCCCUGGUGCUAAGCAUGGACAGUUCGAGACAGAUGGAAAUUAGUUUUGUAUUUUAAACAUGUAAAUAUAGGUGAAGCGGCCAUCUUCUGUAUAUGAC